UCUCUCUCUCUCUCUCUCUUUCUCUCUCUCUUUCACAUAUACUGUCUAUCUAUCUCUUUCCUGUUCUCUCUCUCUCUCUCUCUCUUUCUAUCUCUCGUCGCUCUCUUCGUCACUCUCAAACUUACGCGCGUAUCACGACGCAAGGGAACACUUCCUCUCUCUUUCUCUCUCUCUUUCUCUCUCUCUCUCUCUCUCUCUCUUUAUCUAUCUAUCUAUCUAUCUAUCUCUUUGCUAUUAUUUUCUCGCUUCGCCGCAUCGUCUUUCUUUUCACGUUGGACUAAUAACGAAGACGGGACAAUAGUCGAUAGAAGAAACGAACGAGUGAGCGAACACAAGCGAGCGAGCGAACGGACGAACAAGCAAGCAAGCGCGCUUCUUUCGACGCCAAGAGUUAGCGGCGCGUUCCCGCGACGCGCUUUUGCUAAAAGCGUUAUUCGCCCUCCGAGACGAGGAUUUACCUUUGCCGAUACUUUCAAGGAUCUUCAAAAGGAUGAUCCUCUCACGUUCUUCACUAUGAAGGAUGCAAUUCAGCCGAAAGGAACUAACAGCAUAAACAGUACUAAAACUAAACCAUCAUUAGAGAUUUAUCGGCCACCAGGUGGAAGAACGGAAGGAACAACGGCGAACGUUACUAAUCCACGAUUAAACGUACAUGCUAAGGAGUUCACUAUGAAGCAAAACGAUUCGCAUCCAUCUAAGUCUCGGACGAAUGCUUCAGAGCGUACCCCGUAUUAUCUACAGCACAGCAAAUCGAGUGGGAACGUUCAUCGAUAUCUCUACGCUCAGCAACAACAGCAACAGCAACAACAACUCCAUCAUCCUUUGCAUCAACAUAGACAUUCUCAUGGUAGCCAUCAUUCGAGCUCAUCGAGACAGGGACAUCCGUUAGAAAUGGUUGCUUCCAGCGGAAGUAUCUUACACGGUACAAAUAGGGUACACUUUAACGUGGAUCAAAAUGAAGGCAAAUCUAGCACACCAAAAGUAGGAAGACUUACAAAGUCUUUAUCCUUCGUGUCCACUUAUGGUUUGAAACGUUCAAAAAGUCUGAACGCCGCUGAUGCUCUGGCUGCUAAAGCAAUUAAUAUCUCUGAUGCUUCGGAAUUAGGAAAGUUUCCAGGCCCUGUUCAAGACACCCUUUUAAGAGCCAUCGAUGAUCCAAAUAUAUUGAAUGCACGUUCGCUUAUGGAACUUGUACGACAUAUAUUAGAACGGACCGUUGAAAAUCGUCGAUAUGCGGAACCAGCGGCAAAAAUUUGCAUUACUAUAAUAGAGAAAGAAAGCAACGAGACCUUCUUGGAAUCUCUCUUGAACAUAUGUCAACAAUGGUACCAAGAUCGUACGAGAAUACUUCGAGAUGAAUCAGGUUGUCACCGUUACUCGGCCUUCAUGAUGUUCCUCAACGAGAUGUACUGUCAGCUGAAACGGCGACAACUUCAACUCAAGACGCAGCAAGAAGGUGUACCGCCAGGUCGUGUGCUUCUCACAUUACUCUGGAAAUGUUGUCAGGAUUGCUUGCAACCACCGGUUGUAAAUUCUCUCGCCGAGACGGAUUGUCUCUUCUUCAUUCUCACCUGUAUUGGCAAGGAUCUUGAUGCUGAAUUACCGGCACAACUUCAACAACUACUUGGAAGUCUACGAGACGCCUUUCUAGCCGACGAGACGACUCUCCCAUCCGUGAGGAAAACGCUUUUACAAUUGAUUGAACUCCAUGCCGCUCAUUGGCAAUUACCAGCACCAGCAGUCGUCUAUUAUUAUCCUGGAUCGACUUCCAAAUGAUCUUUGUUCUUUUUUUCGGUCCAUCCAUCUAUCCAUCCAUUCAUCCAUCCAUUCAUCCAUCCAUUCAUCCAUCCAUCCAUCCAUCCAUCUAUCCAUCCAUUGGUACUUCACAUUACUUUAUGUGUCUGCGUUGUCAACGCUCGAACUCGCAUACGUGCGUUCAUUCACGUUUUAUUUUUUUCUACUCGAUUGAAAAACUUUUCACGGAUUGAUUCUUUUAACGGACCAUUCGAUCUCUUUCUCUCUCUCUCUCUCUCUCUCUCUCUCUCUCUCUCUCUCUCUCUCUCUCUCUCUCAUUUCCUAUUCCUCUUUAUUUUCUUUUAUAAAUCACGACGAACGUGUACGAUAUAUACAUGUAUAGGUACACACACACACAUACACAUAUAUAUAUAUCAUACAUAUAGCAAUCGUGCCAUUCGUAAAAUAAUCGUGUGUUUUCUGAUAGGAGCAAAACAAUAAUAUCCUCGCUUCGAUGAAUCGAAAGGAAGAAUGCAUUUAAAAGCUUUUUUUUCUUUGCUUCCUCCUUUCCUUUAUCACCCAAUGAACUUCUCUUGUGACAUGACUUAUAUGAUGCUUAUAACAUCAAUAGCCGUGAUCUCGUUUAUAUAACGAAGUAAUAGCUCCCUUACCUGUAUAUUUUUGCAUUUCCAUGGAUUAUAAAAAGCUCGCAUCAAAGAUUCUUCAUUGCAACCGUCGGCGAUACGGAAUAUUGAAUAUCGAACGUUGAACAGGAUAUUAAAAAUAUUCUUUUCAUUAUAAAGAAUUUUGUUUGCUAAAGAAUAAUAUCAGAAAAUUCUUCCUUUACUUAAGCAAAUCAUUCACAAAAUAAAAAAGAAAAAUAAAUAGAAGAGAAAAAAAAAAAAAAAAAUAUAUAUAUAUAUAUAUAUAUAUAUAUAUACACAAGAAAACAAACAAAAUUAAUUGGAGAAUAAUUUAGACGUAAUACAAGCUAAUGAAAAAUUCAUUAUUUAUUUGCUACUUGAGUGACUUGAAAAAAAAGAAAAAGAAAAAAAAAAAAGUAAAAAGAAAAAAAAAAUAAAGAAAAAAUCAUUGAAGAUAACGAAU